GUGGGCUCCAUAUAAAGAGGCAGGCGGCCAGCUAAAGGCAGUUACUCCCUGCUUUACGCACAGAGAGCCAAGGGCUAAACUGGAUCUGGCAGGAGAAGAAGGGACAGGGACAAUUGGACACAUCUUUACAAUACUCCCUCUCCCCAUCUCAACACAGCACAUCGCGGAUUCUUUUCAUACAACCAAUUUGUGAUCAUAACAAAUACUGACUACUGGCAGACCUUUUUUUUUUUUUUUACUUUUGCUUUUCUUGUUCUUGGGGACAUCAACAAGUCAAGAGAGACAUCGGGAGAACACUAUAUCCCAACUGGAAUUACACAUUGGAUUUGGAACCAAACUCUAUUCUUAAUCCCAGAUCGACUGAAGAAAACGCCACUGCUCAUUUAUAGAUGGAUUCUCGUUUGAGUUCUUAAACUUGAUUCCUAUGGACCUUUCUAAAGGCAAGGUGGAUUAGAAGAAUUGCAUUCUUUACCUUAACACCAGUCUCCACCUUUUUUUUUUUGCUAUUCAGAAUAGCUGUCACUCAAAGGGCGUAUCUAAAGAAUAGAAAAAGAGAAUUGAAAAGGGAAAGCAGAGAUCCCAUUGUAGCAGUGUAGCUGCAUGCGAGUCCGUGGCCAGGCUGCCCAUACAUUUUAACCUAUACAAGUGCAAGCAGCUCAGCCAAUAUGGGACGGCAAUUCACACUGAGUCUUCUCAUCUUCUCUUCUAUGCUCCACCAGAUCUCUUGCUCUGGACUCUUCGAGUUGAAGUUGCAGGAGUUUGUCAAUAAGAAGGGUUUGGCUGGAAACAAGAACUGCUGCCGGCCCGGGACGUCCGGAGUGUCCGGUUCCCAGGGUUUGCAGCAGUGCGAGUGCAAGACCUUCUUCAGGAUUUGCCUCAAGCACUACCAGACCAGCGUGUCCCCGGAGCCCCCGUGUACGUACGGCAGCGCUGUCACUCCGGUCCUGGGGUCCAACUCCUUCAAUGUGCCGGACAGCAGCAGCUCGGAUCCGUCAUUCACAAACCCCAUCAGAUUCCCUUUCGGAUUCACCUGGCCUGGUACGUUUUCCCUUAUAAUUGAAGCAUUACACACAGACUCCCCAGAUGACCUGAGCACAGAAAACCCAGAUCGUCUGAUCAGUCGCCUUACUACCCAGAGGCACCUGACCGUGGGUGAAGAGUGGUCUCAGGAUUUACACAGUAGUGGCCGAACUGAGCUCAAGUACUCAUACCGCUUUGUGUGCGAUGAACACUACUAUGGAGAAGGUUGCUCUGACUACUGUCGACCCAGGGAUGACGCGUUUGGACACUUCUCCUGCGGUGAAAAGGGAGAGAAAGUGUGUAACCCCGGAUGGAAGGGCCAGUACUGCACUGAACCCAUCUGUUUACCUGGAUGCGAUGAACACCAUGGAUAUUGUGAAAAACCCGGGGAAUGCAAAUGCCGAGUUGGUUGGCAAGGUCGAUACUGUGAUGAAUGUAUCCGCUAUCCAGGAUGCCUGCAUGGAACCUGUCAACAGCCCUGGCAAUGCAACUGCCAAGAAGGUUGGGGUGGCCUUUUCUGUAACCAAGAUCUUAACUACUGUACUCACCACAAGCCUUGCAAAAAUGGAGCUACCUGCACCAACACUGGCCAGGGAAGCUACACAUGUUCCUGCCGUCCCGGGUACACAGGGUCUAACUGUGAGAUUGAAAUCAACGAGUGUGACACCAAUCCGUGCAAAAAUGGAGGCAGCUGCACAGACUUGGAGAAUAGCUAUUCAUGUUCCUGCCCACCAGGCUUCUAUGGUAAGAACUGUGAGCUCAGUGCCAUGACUUGUGCGGAUGGACCCUGCUUCAAUGGAGGGAGGUGCACAGAUAACCCAGAUGGUGGAUACAGCUGUCUCUGCCCAGUGGCCUAUUCUGGAUUCAAUUGUGAGAAGAAAAUUGAUUACUGCAGCUCAAACCCAUGUGCAAAUGGAGCUCGCUGUGAAGAUCUUGGAAAUUCCUACAUGUGUCAGUGCCAGGAGGGCUUCUCUGGGAGACACUGUGAUGAUAACUUGGAUGACUGUGCUUCCUUUCCCUGCCAGAAUGGUGGGACAUGCCAGGAUGGGAUUAAUGACUAUUCUUGCACCUGUCCUCCUGGAUACACUGGAAAGAACUGCAGCAUGCCAGUCAGCAAGUGUGAACACAACCCAUGCCACAAUGGCGCAACAUGUCAUGAGAGAAAUAAUCGAUAUGCGUGUGAGUGCGCCCGUGGCUACGGUGGGCUUAAUUGCCAGUUCUUGCUGCCCGAGCAACCGCAAGCCAACACAGUUGUUGUUGACAUUACUGAAAAGUACAUAGAUGGGCAAAAUGGACAGUUUCCAUGGAUUGCAGUGUGCGCUGGGAUAAUCCUGGUGUUGAUGCUUCUGCUAGGCUGUGCUGCUGUGAUUGUAUGUGUGCGGCUUAAAGUGCAGAAGAGGCGCCAUAUGCCCAGCGCAAGUCAUGGUGAGGCCAAGACCAUGAAUAACCUGACCAACUGUCAAAGAGAGAAGGAUAUUUCUGUGAGCAUCAUAGGCACCACCCAAAUCAAAAACACCAAUAAGAAAGUGGACUUUCUCAGUGAAAGUAACAAUGACAAAAAUGGUUACAAAACCAGGUACUCAUCUGUGGAUUACAAUUUGGUCCAUGAGCUGAAGCACGAAGACUCGGCAAAGGAGGAGCGUAGGAAAUGUGAAGCAAAAUGCAGCUCAAGUGACUCAGAUUCAGAAGACAUGCAUGCAGUACACCCAAAAAGCAAUUCAUCAGAAAGAAGGCGAGCAGAUUCUGUCUAUUCUACUUCGAAGGAAACAAAGUAUCAGUCAGUGUAUGUGAUAUCAGAUGAAAAAGAUGAAUGCAUCAUAGCAACUGAGGUGUAAUAUGGACGCUGUACAACAUAGGUUCAUGUCGUAUAUUCAGAGGUGACGCCCAUGUGAAUGCUGCUGAUGAAAGAGAAGAGGGACAUCCCUUAGUCGACUGCUGCUGAGACACUAAAUUCAGUCUGAGCUGGUUCUCUGCUGAAAUUAGCAAAUUGACUGCAAAACGGACACCCCCAAGCUAGUCUCCGUGUCCAAACACAAACUGUUGCACUGCCGUUUCUCCGUUGCACUAUGGACAGUUGCUUUUUUUUAAUUAUUAUUAUAAAUAUAUAUAUAUAUAUUUAAUGAAAGGACUUGUAUGUUAUGCAGAAGAACAGUGCACUGCCUGAGUAGUAUAUUUUGGAUUCUGAUGAGCCACUCCGUUGCUAAACUGCAGACAGACACUGCCUUCAUGUCUUUUUGAUACUGAAAGAUGUUUUUCUACUUGGUCAAAAAAUGUGUUAUUUUUUGGAACCUGUAAGACUAUUUUUACGAUAUUUGUAAAAUUUGAGUAUUGUACAUGUGAUGUUCAUUUUUAUAAUUUAAACUUUGGUAAAUAUGUACAAAGGCACUUCGGGUCUAUGUGACUAUAUUUUUUUGUGUAUAUAUAUGUAUUUAUGGAAUACUGUGCAAAUGGUAUUUGAUUUUUUUACUGUUUUUUUUUUUCUUGUUAAUGAAGGAAUUCCUUUUUUAAAGUAUUUUUCCAAAAUAAAUAAUAUUAAUAAUACA